UGCUGCUUGCGCGCUGCCGCAGCUUAUGGAAGAAAGUUGGCUGCCCAGUGACGUGGUGUCAAGAGCUCGUUUGAUCCUCGACCAUUGUCCCGGAAACAGCGUCGGAUCCCUAAUGUUCAAGGGAGUUAGCAUUAUUCGUCAACACGUGGCCCAAUACAUCAGUGAACGGGACGGCGUUCAGGCUCAUAUGAACGAUGUGUUCAUUUGUUCCGGAGUGUUCCACGGCGCAACGUUGGUGAUGAACGUGCUGAAGGAGUGCAAGAACGGAAAGCCGCCCGGCGCCAUGACCUGCAUGCCCCAGUACGUGGCGUUCCACCAUUUUUUCGAUGAGUUCGGAUUUCAGAAGAUUCUUUAUUACCUCGACGAAAACAAUGGCUGGGCUCACAGUAUCUCCAGAAUGCAGAGGUCACUUGACGCAUCCCGGAAGUUCUGCGAGCCGCGUUUCCUGUUCGUUGUCAAUCCUGGCAACCCAACAGCAACGGUCCUCUCAGCCGAGAGAAUCGUGGACAUCAUCCGGUUUUCUUACCAAAACAACCUAAUAAUUCUAGCUGAUGAGGUGUUUGAGCACAACAUCUACACGGAGCAUGCCCCAUUUCACAGUUUUCGUAAGGUUAUGCACAAGAUGGGAGAUCCCUGGUCCAAAACACAGCUCAUCACCUUCAAUUCAUUAUCGAAGGGUAUCAUGGCAGAAGACGGUCUACAAUGUGGCUACUUUGAGAUCGUGAACCUGAAUGGAGACGACGAAAAGAGACUUCUGAAAGCUGUGGUUGAGCUGCUGCCCUCAACUCUCUCGCAGGUGGCUUUGGAUUGUCUCGUCAAACCUCCCCAGCUUGGUGACCCAUCGUACGACUUAUACCUCAAGGAAAAGAACACGAUCCUAGAGUCCCUCAAGAAUCGAGCGGAGCUGGUACAAAACACAUUGAACAGCAUUGAAGGGUUCUACUGCAGCCCCAUUCAGGGGGCCAUGUGCGCCUUCCCUCGAGUUUUACUACCACAAAAAGCUAUCGACAAAGCAAAGAGUCUUGGUCAGGAGCCCAGCUAUUUCUAUGCGAGUCAAUUGCUCGAGAAAAAAGGUGUGUGCGUGACACCAGGCAGCGCGUUUGGCCAACUCCCGGGAACCUGCCAUUUCCGGGUUACCAUACUUCCACCAAUGGCAAAGCUCCUGGACAUGCUUGGCCGAAUCAAGGACUUCCAAGAAGAACUCACGAAUCAAUACAAAUGAAUAUAGCCACGGUGGCCGAAGCGGGUUGCUCAAUGUAAAAAAAAGUUGUUGAACGAGAGCUGAGGAGUAAAAUAAAACGGUGGUCCAUCCAAGAAAUUACACGAUACCGCUUUUUUUGCUAUUUGGACUGGACUUUCAGUAAACUCAUCUGUGCAUAAAGCUUUUAGU